AUGAUGCAAUAUAGCAACAAUAGUGCAACAGCUAACGGCAGCACAGGCUCACAAGGUGCAUCAUCCGGUUUGGUUGGCACAACAGCUGCAAGCAACCUUCAAAUGGGCAUGAACUUGAGCAUGGGCAGCAUGGGAAGCAUGACAAGUGGCGGAGUUACUGGCUAUAACCUUGGCUCCAUUUCCACCGGCGUUAGCAUAGCCACCAGCGAUGCGGCAACCGAGAGUAUACCCGGAGAAACUAUCGAUGUUCUUGGUCCCGAACUGGCGGUCGCCACAUCACAGGUGCUCGAGAAUUUGUCGGAGAAUGAACGAAAAAUGAUAAUUGAGGUGCUCAACCGGGAUGAGUCUCAUCAACAACAGCUUGAACACAAAAACCACAAUAAUCUACACAACGACUCGAGUCGCCACUGCGCCCGCUGCACCACCGAACUGGGCCGCAUCACGAACCGCGGCGCCCCCUGCCGCGUGUGCAAACUGCGCGUGUGUAAAGCCUGUCGAGUCCAUCACGCAUUGGACUGGGUGUGCGUGGUGUGUCACAAGCAACUGGAGCUACAAGCGGCAAGCGGUGAGUGGAUUAAGGAAGCCUAUGCGUCCUGCGAAGCUGUCGAUCAUUUGAGCACCAGCGAUGUGCUGAGAAAGAGCAUACGACGCUCUUGGACUAUAUCAAAUCCCGAGGACGAUCCUAAUAAUCCGAACUCGCAACAACCCGUUGCAGACAAUUUGUAUCCACAGCAGAAGCAUUUGAUUGAGGCACAAUCGUCUGGCAGUUAUCCCACAUUGCAUCAGUAUCCGUUGCAUCAACAGUUGCAGCAACAGCAACAGCAACAGUUGCAUCAAACGCCUCCACAGACGCGUCAGACGCACAUCAUCAAUUAUAGUAGUGGCAGUGCCACGCCCAUAAGUGGCAGCAAGUGGCAUUUGGGGCGUCGUGUGUUGCGACAAUCCACAUUACCGAGCACGCUGAAUAACGAUCCGAAUUUGAGUGGCAGCGGUGCUAACUUGGCCAACUACAACUCGGCCAAUUUGACAGCGCCAACAUCUCCACAUCAGCUGCAGAAAAGUCCACUUUACCCGAGCGCCUACAACAGCGACGACAUAAUACAUAUGAACACGGCUCCGGAUUGCGACAAUUACACACAGAUACAGAUACAGCAGCCACAGCUGGAGACGCCAGCGACGCCGCCAACGCUCAGUCAUCGACUGCAGGUGCGACGUCAAUCGACGCUGCCGGCGAAUCCAUGUCAACCUCCACCUGGCAUCUACAUGUCCACCUCACCGAAUCGCAUCUACAGUCGCUCGCCGGAACGAUCGCCGGGUGAGCAACAACGUUAUCCUCCCUUCACGCGACAGACAUCGUUUCCCGAGCCUCCGACGAGCAAUUAUCAUCGCACCAAACUGUUGCCGAGCACCGUCAAUCUGCCAGUGCCAACCACACAGUCAUCGACGGCAGCUGCGCCGCCUUUGAACUAUGAAUCACAGGCGUCCAGCAUGGCCAGCGAUGAGAUGGACUACACACAACCGUUUGCCAAGCCGCGCAUGAUGCGUCAGGCCACGUUACCCAAUCCGGAUCAGCAUGUCAAGCUGUUGCCCACAUCGCCUCCAAAGCGACAGACUUCGCCACAGUUUCGACGAUCGCCGGAAUUUACGCGUCAACAGACGCUGCCCAAUCCGGAGGCAUUCAACAGCGGCAACACGUUGACCGUGCAUCAGACGCCACCUGGAAAAUUUAUGCCCAUCUCGCCGCGCACCAAGCAGAAUUUUCUAUUUCCCAGCGUACAGAAUCCACGACAGUUUCUCUCCCAGCAAAAUGUGCCCACGGUGGGUGCUGUGGAUAUGGGUAGCGGUGGCAGUGUUGCAAGUGGCGCCGGUGAGCAAUACUCCAGUAGUCAGAGUGUCAAUAUACAUCAUUCGCGGGAUCCGCACUCCAAGAUGAUCAAGGUGCGCAGUCACAGCAAUGAGGAGUACUCCAACAGCAAUAAGACGCAUGUGGAGAGUCGUCGUCUCUUGCCAGAGAUACCCACAGCACAGAGGUCGACAAGUCGUUCUCCCAGUCGACUUGUGAGGCAGGAUUGCCUCAAGGAGCAGGAUCACUGUUCGCGUACAUUUGGCGAGGCCAAGCAACAGUUCAAUCAGUUUCCCGAUGUCAGUGAGGAGCUGGAGAUUCAACCGGAAUAUGUGGAUUACUUUGGCAAUAGCGUUACCAGUUUCCUGGAGACGGAUGAGGUGCAGUAUGAGAAGAACUACAAUGCCGGAUUCAACAGCGAGCCACGCAUCAUCUACAACGAUGGCUCCGAUGAUCCUGGCUACAAGCCGCUCCCGCAAAGACCGAUCUACAGUGCCGAGAACGUCCUGACAACUGACAGCAAUUAUAUGACUUCCACUCAGCCUAGUUACUACCCUGACAUGGGCAGCACUGGCCAUAGCAUGCACAGUGGAGCUGCCCUACCGCGCACACCUCUCAUGCACAAUCGCAUGCGACGUCGCCAGUCGCGGGAGCUGCCAAUGCCACAGGAGGAUUACUCCCAGCUGGCCAAUGCCGAACCCGCUCCUGCUGCAGCGCCAAGUGUCUUGAACGUUGCCGACACCAAUGCGGAUCGUCGCAAGCCGGAGCAGAUGCGUUCCGUAUCGGAGGACUCGGGUGCCAAGACAACUCCCAAGCCGGUCACUCGACGUUCCUUCUCACAUCCCGAAAACGAAUCGACGCCACCAAAGAAAACGGAAACCUCGAAAAUCCCCAGUCCACGUCCGCUGGCCGAUAUAUUGGAUAAGACGCGCGGUGGCGCCUCAAAGUUGCCGCAAGUCCGACGACGCAACAGUCGCGGCGAGGAGGGUAGAGUACCACAGCAUCACUACUCCUUCCAUGAACUGCUUAAGCACCAGAACUCUGAUUUAUCCAAUCGCUUGAAAAAAACGCCCAUUCCCGUUAACACAGUCCCCGCAGGCAAGGAGAAUGAAACGGGUUCGGAGCCAACCAGCGACAAAUCCCCCAAGUCCUCCGACAAAGGCAGCGUUAACAAUGAAGCCAAUGACACAGGAGGCGACACAACGGGUGCCGCACACACCAGCACAUUGGGGGAACAGGAGCUACAGAAUGCAGUCGAGGCUGCCGCCGUUGUAUUCAAGAAGGUGGUGCUCCAGCGACGCAAGGAGAAGGAAAAGGCCGCCGAGGAAGCCUCGCAGGUGGCAGCUGCAACUUCCGGUGACAGCAACGUCGAUGUCAUGGAAACGUCGUCGUCAUCGGAGUUGGAAUUCAGGUGCAGCACAACAUCGGGUUACGGUCACUCGCAGUACAGUGUCGAAGCGGAUGAGUUCAAGUUGGUUUUUCUAAACUCGGACUCCUCGUCGUCAUGCAAAGAAGAGGAAGAGGAGGAGGAUGAAGAAGAUAACGGAAACGAUACAGAUACGGCAUCCAGUUCGUCAUGCUCGACACAUCAGUGCCACAGCAUUGUAAGUAACGUGGAGGACUGUGACUGGGAUUACUUUGAGCCUUCGAUGAUUGCUGCAACGACAACAACAACCACAACCAUGAUUGCCAUGACACCAACGCCUCCGCCCCGCUUCCGUCGCAGAUCCAGCGACAGCGACUCUCCCUUGUUGCAACGUCGCCAGCAGCUGCGCAGCUACUGCUCCAAGAUACGCGAAAGCGACACGGGCACCGAUGAGGAGCUGCACAUGCAAGCGGAGAGCAGCUCCCAGACCAGCUCCGAUCAGAACCACACACCGCCCAACUGUGCACCAACUGUGCCCCUCAGCAUGAAGGCGCGCAUCAAGACGCGCUUCCUGAAGAGUCACCACCACUACCAGCAUCAUCAUCACCACCACACGCCCAGUCGCUGCAACUGCAACAGUGCAACUGCAACGGCGGCAGCUCAACCACAAUACGUGCCCAUUCCCGUGCCCGUGCCUAUUCCCGUGCCCCUUGCCGCCUAUCACCACUGGCAGCUGGAGCAUCCGGGAGCGCCGCUGCUCGAGCAGGACGAGCACUUGGCCGCCUCGUUGCAACAAUUGUGGCAGGCGGCAGCUGCUGCAUCGGGUACGCCCAAUUCGCCGCAGCAACAACAACAGGCAGCUGCUGCAGCGGCCGCGGCAGCAGCAAUGGUCGCCUAUUCACAGCAAUUCGCCGCGGCAAGCAACAUGUUCGACGCCACACCGCCGGCAACAACCAAAAGCUAUCAGCAACUGCCAACCACAACAACAAGAACUGGUCGCUUAGGCAGUUUUGGUGUUGGCGGCUUUAAGUCCUCGGCACCGGAGCUAAGCGCCUCGUUGGGCUCACUGAUGACGCAGUCGCUGUGCUCCACUGCCUCCAUGUCUUCAUCAACAACGUCCGGCUACAACACAGCGGGUCGCAGCCUGGAAACAUUAGCCGGCUGUCUGUGUCUCGCACAACAGCAGCAGCAACAACAGCAACAACAACAGCAGCAGCAACAACAACUGGCCAGUCAAAUGGCUGGCAAUGCUUUCAAGCCAGCUCCAACAAGUUUAGGUUUAGUAGCGUCGCGCACGCCGUCGUGUGAGCAACAACAAACGCGUCACUCCGUCGCUGUCGAUGUUGACGUCGCUGCUGACGUCGCCGCAACGCCCACAACAACACCGAGAUUGUGUAAUGCGAAUGAUAAAAGCAACUGCGACGACGACGACAACAACGGCAACAACAGCAACGACAGCGAUAAAUUUAGCGCACAUGUUGCUGCGGUGACUGAUAAAAGCGAGGCAGCAACAUUGACAGCACAGCUGCCAAAUAAAUGCCAAAAACUAUGCGAAACUGUGCAAAACAUAAGACAACUAGCAACAACAACAGCAGCAGCAACAACAACAACAGCAACAGCAACAACUGUGGCUGGCAGACAAACGCAAACAGAAAAUACAGAAACAGAAACAGAAAGACAAACCUACCUGGCGAGUAACGACAACCACAACAACAACAACAAAGCCGACGACGAAGCAGUGGAAACAGCAAACGAAACAAAUAUACAUAAAAAUCAAGUACCAGCAACAAGAGCAACAGCAACAACCACAACAACAACAACAGCGACUGCUCCUGCGGUAAUAACUCGUUUCCAAGUUGCAGUCGAAAAUGUUGAGAUUGUUGCCGCCGUUGCGCCUAGAGAGCAACUACAACAGCAGCAGCAGCCGCAGCAGCAACAACAGCAAUCGAGGCAACAACAUUGCCAGCUAGAGUCGAAGAAUUUUAGUAGCUCCUGCAAUAAAGCAACAGCCAUGUCGGAAAGUGAUGCAGCUGAAGCUGUUGCAUUUGGUUAUUUGCUAAGCGAAAGCUGCGCGGCCAACAACAACAGCAGCAACAACAGCAGCAACAGCAACAGCAAUAGCAACAGCAGCAACAACAACAGUGAAGAUGAACGUGGCCCACGCAAGUUGGUACAACGCAGCUAUGAUGUUGCACUCGCCAUGCAAGCUCAAGUGGAGCACGAGCAGCAACAAUCGGCGGAGGUGGCACAGGCAGCGGCAGAGCAGGAAGCAUUGGAGAUGGCACCAGCAAUUGCCAUGCAAAUGGUGCACCACAGCACCACCGACGGCAGCAGCAGCAGUAGCAGCAGCAGUGAUUCCAGCAGCAACAGCAGCUCCAGCUCCGAAUCUUGUGACUCUGAUGAUACGGGAACUGUGGCAGAUCGACGCCCCAAGCGUAGACGCUUUAACAAGGUGUUUAUUGUGAAUCGUCAGGUGGGACAGGCGGCCAGGGUGAGACGCAGUUCAUCCACCGAAGGUGAUUCAUUGUCAUCGUCGGAUGCCAAUCUCGAAGAUUCUUCGGAUAACGAUACAGAUACCGAGCGCACCGAUUGCGGCAUUGUAUUAAACUAUGUGAAGGCAUUGGGAGAAGAAGAAGAAGAAGAAGAAGAAGAGAUAAAACAGCAACAACAAUUGGCACGUGAUGACAACGACCGCGACAACGAGAACGAAGAUGAAGCUGAUGAUUAUGAUGAUGAUAAUGCUGCUGAUGAAAGUGAACGCCGCGUUGCCAACUCAAGCGAUGAGCUUGCCAACUGCAUUGUAGUUGUAGGCGGCUGCACGGACGAUGAUGCCAAUGUUGUGCUGCAUGGCAUGCGUGCGUUGCCAGAUCUUGUUGAUCAGGUGGAGCCGGAGGAGCAGCAGCAAUUAGAGCGCUGCAUUGAACAGCAGCCAUCAACAUCAUAUUCUUCUUCUUCAUCAUUGGAAUUGAGCUCUGUCCUGGCUGCUUGCGAUGAAUUGCAUAGCAUUUCCAACGAUGUGAAUCGUUUGUUGGCGCUGCACAAGCAAAAUUCACAAUUGGAGCUUAAAUUGCAGCGACUGCGACGCGGCGUUGCUGAAAUCAAUGAGGAUCAUCUGCUGCCGCUGCCGGGUGGCACUGCUGCGGCUGCCACCCAGGCAGAGAAGCCAACCGACUGCAGCAGUGACCAGGGGUGGACAGCUGCAAAUGCAGCUGCACUUCCAGUUCCAGCAGGUAAUGCACAGGAGGCAACCCUCGUGCUAUCCGGUUGCCAUUUCCAAGCCCAUUCCAAGAAAAGCGUUAAUGUAAAUUCUAAUGACGAAAGCGAAGCAGCGGGUAAACAUGUAAACGCAGAAGAAGCAGAGAAAGAGGCAGAAGCAGCGACAGCGGCAGAGACUCUUGGAUUUUCAAGCGAGCAGCGGCCGCAGGUAAAAGCAAACAACGAUAAUAAAGUGGCAGUCAUGCAAACAACAGCCACAAGAACAACAACAGCGACCGAAACUAACAGAGAAGAGCGAACAGCUGUGCAAACUCAAGCAGCAGAGAAGUGGGAGGAGGAGAAGGGAGUUGCGACGGGCAGCGAAGCAUGCAAAAUAAACGACGAUUUGUUGGACUUCAGCUACUCGUCGCACUCUCACUCUCUCACACGAGCGAGUAAAGCACCUGAACGACAGCAACAACAACUGCAGCAGGUAGCUGUAAACACAACGAGAGCGACAGAUGCUGAGCAAAAGAGCGCAUUGUGUGCGCUCUCGCAGUUGCGCUCUCAGCUACCUGUUGCUAUUGCUGUUGCUAAAGCCGAUUGCGCAGCCGAAGUGAAGUCGCGGUCGGCAUUGGUAUGGGAAACGGCAGCGGAGUCAGUCGAAAAUGAAAUGUUAAACGUUGCGGUUGAAGAGACAAACGCGCGCGUAAAGUUGUACACUAACAACAACAACAGUAACACUAAUAAUAAUAAUAAUAGCUGUAGUAGUAACAGCAACAACGUUGGCCAUAAUGACGGCGAUUUCGCAGCACAAAAGACAAAAAGCAACAACAGCAGCGGGAGCGGCAAUGUAUUUGUUGUUGGCCAACAAAGUAGCAGCAGCAACAACAACAACAACACUAAAAACAACAGUAACUGUGACGUAGUGAAUGUUGAUGUGAAUGUGAAUGUGAAUGAAGCAUCGACGUCGUCGCGUGUGUUUGAAAGUUGUGAAAACGAAUACGACAAAAUAUUUGGCAGUCACCAAGAACUGCAAAGCAGCAAAGAUACGACAACAGCAACAACAACAUCUAUGGCAGCAGAAACUACUAUAACAACAACAACAUCAAUUGCAGCCAAGAAUUCACUUUCAGCCAAAUAUCGCAGUUUAGUGAUGAUUACUAAAGACAACGAAAGCCCAACAGCAACAACAACAACGAGUAACGAUAACGAUUAUGAAAUGCCAGCAACGAUUGGCAAAAACACAAACAACUAUGGCCAGAACUUUGGCAAUGAGUCACUCGCCAUCGAUUUGCGAAUGGGACAUGGCCAAGAGCUGAUUACAGUGACGCCAACACCAAGUGAACGUGAGAUGUCGCGUGAUUCCUACAGUGUGGAUUCCCUCAAUGAAACUAACUCCAAUCCGAAGAUGAGUCUGGAUGAUGGCUUGGCCGAUGAUGAUUCCUGGGUGGAGGAGUUGAGUCAACGUGGCGACAUCGAUGAUGACGAUGAUAAUUUAAGCAAUGCCACAACAACACCCACAGCCACAGACUCGGAGGAUGCGGAGGGAGAUGGAGAAUUGGGUGGCAGGAUCAUGUACUUGGAUCGAGAGGAGGAACUGCGUGGCUAUAAUCGUUCAGCAAUUGAUUUUACACUGCACACAAUUGUCGAGGAGAGCUGUGAGGAGAGCGAAGUGGCUUCCAUGAGAGCGGACAACGAAAUGGAGCACGAGGAGGAGGACGAUUUGGCCGAAAGGAGACGUCAACGCACACUGCAACAUCACCAUCGACUCAGUGCCUCCGAGCUGGAAAAGUAUUUCUUCUUUGGCCUGGGCGAUGGCAAAGUGAUGAGCUCCAUUGACACACGUGGCGAUGACACUGCCUCCGAGGUGAGUUCCGAGUGCUCCGAGAGUGUCGACUCGCUGCCACAUGAGGAUCAGCUCUUGGAUGGCGGUCACUCGGCUGCAGAUUUGGCCUCAUCUCGACUGGAAAAGUAUUUCUUGUCGGGAUUCAUGGGUUUCAGUGGCGGCGAGAAGCAAGUGGACAGCGAUGAGAGCGGCGGCAGCGUGGGCAGCGACAGCGAAGGUCAUCCCAGUCCAAGUCAGCGACGCAAGCGUCUGGUCAGAGCACGAGGCACGCCACGUAGUCACAACUCGUCCUUGGAUAACCUGCUCUUGCCUGAGGCGGAUGCCCUGGACUCUACCACGACGGCAGUUGCAGCAGCGGAGGAUACUUCGGAGUCGGAGGCCGGUUGUGAUGAUACCGUCAUCCAGGUGAUCACGUCCGCAGAUCGUGCCUCCGACGGCAGCUCUUCGGAUACAAUCAAGCGUAAGAAGCAACUGAGGAAGCGUCACGACUCCCUCGAUGAGAAGAAGCUGCACGAGGUGGCAGAUGUGGCAACAAGUGGUGUGGCAGCCACAGAGUCGGCGCAAGCCAAGAAGCAGCAACAUCACAGCCGGGACAGCGGUUUUGUGGGAAGCAACGAUGAUCUUUUAAAAUCCCCCGACUGUGAGCCAAGCAAAUCUCCAACGCCAGCUCUUGGCCAGAUCAGUGAAGAUCGCGAACCAUUGGCAACAACUUCAGCUCUCAGUUUGCCCAAAUUGGAGCUGCCCAGCACGAGUGGAGGAGAAGCUGCCUCGGCACGUCGUUUGGCCAUGACAGUGACGUCACCGAAUGUCACCACCAGUUCAAAUCUGGUGCGCAAGGAUAGCUUCAACAAUUGGAGCUCCGACGAGGAGACAAAUCUGAUGAUGAGCAAAAUGCGUCAGUUCUUCAAGACGUUGAUUGUGGCCACAGCGAAUGCCCAACAGAGCCAGAGUCAGACAGCGAAUCCCGGCCAGAAUCAGAGUCAGAAUAGUGCUGGAAGCACGCCCAGUUCGGUGAGGCGAUUAGCCUGCAAAGCGGGCAAAUCUCGUCCAGCUCAGUUGGCCUACUUUGAGAAUGAGUUGACACGCUUGAUGAAAACCGUACCGGGUAUUAAUGAUGACCAGGUGCGCGAGAUUGUGGAGUAUUUGAGUAGCGAGGACACCUGGUCGGAUUCAUACGAUUCCUCGGACUACACCAGCUCCGAUCUGGAGGGUUCUGAGCACAAGGGACAACUGAAGGCACAAAUCUCCGCCAGCUGCCAGCAGAUCAUUAACAAGUUCGAGGUGGAUGAGGAGGGAGUGCGUGGAGACGGUGGACUGUUGGAUGAGGCACAUGCACUGAAUGGAGAUACGGCAUUUGUCUACCAGAAAUUGGUGGCAUCCUUCAGCAAGGUGGCUGUGGGAGAGUCAGCCGAGGGAGAGGUGCAAGUUCCAGCGGUGCAGCCAGAUGAGGAUCGCAUUUCCACGGGCAGCACGGAGCAGCAACGUUCGCCGCAGUUGUUUGCCAAGGUCAUGCAACAUAUUGGGACACGUUUGGUGGCAUUGAUGCACGAGGUGAGCAGCGGCAACGAGACGCCAACGGCGACGCCGACGUCAACGCGCCACAUGAAUCGCCGAGUGCAGGCGAAGAUCUCGGCGACAACAACGGAGGAUGAGGAGGAUGAGGUGGAGCAGCAGCUGCAGUUAAAGGCGUUGCCAUUGAAGCAACUCAAAUUGCGAAGUCGUUCGCAUGAUUUACUCUUGGAUGGCUCAACGCCACACACACAACUGCACAGUGGCCAGUUGCAUGCCACAAGCGUGGGACAACAACAUGCAACGGGUACAGCAACCAUUGGAGCAACUGCAGCCGCAACAGGUGGCGACAAUCAGGGAGAGGAAUGCGGCAUGGCAAGCGAUUAUGAACGCUUCUCGUGGCGCGGCAGUUUUGAGUCGGCAUUACUGGCUAAUGGCGAUUCCAGAACGAGACUCAGCCAGCUGAGUCAACUGGACAGGGACAACUCCUCGUCUGCGUCCGCUUUGGCUGUGGCAAAGCGUCGAUCGGCAGGCGACUUGUUGUUCAGUCAGCAUCAGCAGAGUCUCAGCCGCGAGCAGUUGGAUCGCGUUCGCUCCUGUGGCAGCAUCGGCGGCGGCGAUGUCCAUCAUCAUCAGUUGGAGGCAUCACCCGCCAAGCCUUGGCUCUCAUCCGCCAGCUCCUGCGCGGAUUCCGCCAAGGAUGUGCGUCGCUCCAGCGUUCCCGAUGCCAUCUACGAAACGGAUUCCAGCGACGAAGGCGCCUCCUCGCAGUUCAAUGUCAAUCGCGCCAGCGCCACGUUGCCACGCAGUCUGACGGGCAGCGGUCAAGUGGCAAGCACCAAUUCCCUGCCACGUCUGCCCACCACCAGUUCGGUGGCCAGUGCAGGCGCCUCCUUUACCAGCACUCCAAUUACCAAGUCACAGAGUGCCCUCAAUUACACGCCCACCUCCUCCUCGGGCAGCCAGAGCGCCAAGAGCGCACGUUAUCGUUCCCCCGGCUUGGCGGCACGUGCAGCUGCCGUCAGUGGCAACAACAGUGGCAGCGGGCUGACAGUUGCAGGUGCAAGCAACUCCACUUGCAGCGGUGGCAAGAAACUCGGCGGUGGUUUGCAGCAAUUCCUCUACUCCAAGAGAGAUGCACGCAAACGUUUAAAUAUGUCAGCGGAGGAAGCCAAGGCCGCUGCCGAGGAACUCAGCCAGUCGCCAGUGAUUGGACAACGUCAUCCGGAUGCCGCCUCCAGUCCCAUUCAGUCGCGGGCCUCCAGCGAAGCGUGGCCAGCGCAGUCGGACGAGGACAUCGAUCGACUGGUGGCCAUGCAUCAAAAUCGCAGCAGUCUUAGCUCUUUGGGGGUUCGCUCGGAGUCCAUGGCCAGCGUUUAUUCAGGCGCCGGCGAAGGUCGCUAUGGCACCGUUGUGGUCAAAGGUCAAGUGGAGUUUGGCAUGCAAUACAACUAUAAAUUGGGUGCACUGGAAAUACACGUGGUGCGUUGCAAGGAUCUGGCUGCUGUGGACGCCAAACGCAAUCGCAGCGAUCCCUAUGUGAAGGUUUAUUUGCUACCUGACAAAUCCAAGGCUGGCAAGCGUAAAACCAAAGUCAAGAAGCACACACUUAAUCCAAUCUUUGAUGAAACUCUGCGCUUCCACACGUCCAUUGCCAGCUUGGAGUCGCGCACCUUGUGGCUAACAGUGUGGCACUCGGAUAUGUUUGGCCGAAACGAUUUUCUAGGCGAGGUCAGCGUUAAUCUUCAGGGUCGUCUCUUUGACAAUCCCCAAUCGCAGUGGUAUCUGCUCCAGGAACGCAGCGAACCAUUUGACGAUGUGGCCAGCUACCGUGGUGACAUUGUUGUGGGACUUAAAUACAUUCCGCCAGAGAAUCUGAAGUCAUCGAUCUUCUCACGUGGCUCCAGCUUGACCGGCAGCUCUUCCAAUCUGCGUAAAUUUGGCGGCAGCAUCAAAUCGGUGGCAACCAAGUCAGAUCGCAGCGCCAAGGGUGGCCAAUUGCAUGUCCUGGUCAAGGAGGCCAAGCACUUGAGUCCCAUCAAGACCAACGGCUCCUGUGAUGCCUUCUGCAAGAGCUACCUGCUGCCUGAUCGCACGCGCAGUUCCAAACAGAAGACGCCUGUGGUGAAGCGCACAUUGCAUCCCACUUGGAACUACACAUUUGUCUACGAAGAUGUCUCUCUGGAGGAUUUGUCGGAGCGCGCUCUGGAGCUAACAGUCUGGGAUCAUGAUCGUUUGGCCAGCAAUGAAUUUGUGGGUGGCAUACGGUUCUCACUCGGCACAGGUCGCAGCUUUGGCAGGCAGGUGGAAUGGAUGGACGCCACCGGCAAGGAGCUGUCGCUCUGGCAGAAUAUGCUGGAUCGUCCCAACUUUUGGGUGGAGGGCAGUCUCGUUCUUCGCUCCAGCCUCGAUGGCAUACGCGCCAAUUUGCCAUAGGCACAGCCAGCGUCACAAAUUGCAUUGUAGUAAUUUAUUACGUAGCUACACUUUUAGCUUAUAUAUAUAUGUAUGUUUAUAUGCAUGUAUAUAUAGUAUAUUUAUAUAUACAUAUACUUAUUCAUAUAAUGUUGCAGUUAGACACACUUAUUGUAUUGUAUUGUAUUGUGUUAUACUGUAUUAAUUAUAAACUAUGUAGUUGUUACAUCAUAGAAUUGAAUGACAAGCAUUACUAAGAACUUAAGAAUGAAUAGAAAUCUAAAUAAGAUUGGAUUCGACUUGAUUGCACCGCACUCAAGAUUCGAUAUACAAAUAUUAAGCACGCAAUUUAGAACGAUCUAGAUUCUAGAAAGAUUUUGAAUACUCGAAUAUGUAUGGCAAUCGAAUGACCAGAAAUCAGCAUUAAUAUAGCAUUGGCAUUCGUGAUGACACUGCAAAUAAUUAUUGUAUUGUAGUCUAAGCAGCACAAUGUUCAAAUACGAUAAACAAAAAAAAAAAAAGACAAAUAUAAAAAAAACAAGAAAACAGCGUUAUCAAAUUAUUGUACUAUUUUUAAGUGAACAACAACAAAAAUUGUAAAGCAAAUAAAUAUAUGAAUUGCUCAUCUAAAUAACGACGACGACAAAACAACAAAAAAUAGCCCAUACACAGGCUAUAUCUAGACACUUAAGAUCCCAUUGUGUGUGUAUUUUUUCAAAAAAAGAAAACUUUGCAAUUUUGCAUACUGUAUGCAUUAAACUAUGAUAAUAACUAAACCGACAUAAACUAAGCUAUAGAAUAAAUAAUGUGUAUUAUUAACUAUCAAUAAUAAUCGAUAAAUACAAAUAACAAUUUUGUAAAUGCAACUUUUACGUUUUGUUUUCCUCUUUAUUAUUUUCCCCCUAAUACCACGAUUUCUAGCACUUAAGCAAACGGCAUUCUAGACUUUAUACAUACUCAUUACAUAUUCGAUAUAUAAACUAUAUCAAUCCAGACUUCAAGCAUAUCGCAAUCACUGUGCAAAUAAGAACAAAUAAACUCAGCUAGGCUUCAUUAUGGGUAUUACCUGUUUAAAUACUAUUUCAUACUCUUGUGACCCACCAGAACUCAAUAAUAGCCAAAAA